CUACAUUUUGUGUGCUUAUGUAGAAAUCAUUUAAUAUAGAGAAGUAGGAGAAAGGAGAAUUUGCUGCGAAUUUGAUCUAUGGCGCUGUCUAGGCUACGGCAUCCGGUGAUCUCGUGUGCUCCGUCUCUCAUCAGGAUCAGAGCUCGCUUCCUAUCUCUCUCAUCUACUCAUUCAUUUCUCAAUCGUUCAAGGGGGUCAAAUACUAGUCCUGAAGUUGCAGAGACUUUGUUAAGGCCAGCAGCAUCAUUUCCAUUAAUUAAUGGAAUUUAUGGAGAUUCUUCUAAGAUCAAGUUCAAAAUCGGCAUCCGCUCCUUUUCUUCUGCCGGUAUAACUCUUUUUGCUCAACUUGAUCUUCCUAUUCAAAAUUUUAUUUGGCAAUCUCGUGUGUCAGCUUCAUCAAGCUGGUUUCUGGCUAAGAUUCUGGUGCCUGAAGGUUCAAAAGAUGUUCCUGUGGGACAGCCUAUAGCAGUUACAGUUGAGGAUCAAGAUGAUAUAGGUAGCAUUCCUACAACUAUAAGUGGGGUAGAAGCAGCAGAUAAAACUUCCACUGAACCAGCAGCAACACAUGGAGACAACAUGCCGGAAACUAGCUCUGUGAACAUCAACACAUCUGAACUUCCUCCGCACACCGUCCUUCAAAUGCCGGCACUAUCACCUACCAUGAACCAGGGGAAUAUUGCAAAAUGGACGAAAAAAGAAGGUGAUAAGAUUGAGGUUGGUGAUGUUAUUUGUGAAAUCGAAACAGACAAAGCAACACUUGAAUAUGAAUGUCUUGAAGAAGGAUUUUUGGCAAAGAUUUUGGCUCCAGAAGGAUCAAGAGAUGUGGCUGUGGGUCAGCCCAUUGCUAUAACUGUUGAGGAUAAUAAUGACAUUGAAGCUGUAAGAACAUCUGUAAGCACUGAUUCGAGGACCAAAGCUGAAAAGCCAGUUCAACAAAUUGCAAAGAAGGAUGUCAAAACUCAGAAAUCAAGUUUUAAUAGGAUUAGUCCUGCUGCAAAGAUGCUAAUCUCUGAACACGGCUUAGAUGUAUCAUCGCUAACAUCAUCUGGUCCCCGUGGUACUUUGUUGAAGGGGGAUGUUUUGGCUGCAAUAAAGUCUGGAAAAGUAUCCAAAGUAUCUGUACCUAAGGAUAAGACUUCAUCACCUCAGUCUUCUUCCUCCCUACCAGCGGGGUCUAAAUCCACUGCACAGGAUGUUGCUUAUGAAGAUCUGCCAAACAGUCAAAUUCGCAAGGUAAUUGCAGCACGCUUAUUGGAAUCAAAACAAUCCACUCCUCAUUUGUAUCUAUCAACAGACGUUAUACUGGAUCCUCUUCUCUCAUUCAGAAAGGAGCUUACAGCAAAGUAUGAUGUCAAAGUCUCGGUUAAUGAUAUAGUGAUCAAAGCGGUUGCUAUUGCAUUGAGAAAUGUUCCAGAAGCAAAUGCUUAUUGGGAUGCCAGCAAAGGGGAAAGAGUUUUAUGCGAUUCAGUAGACAUAUCUAUUGCAGUUGCUACAGAGAAGGGAUUGAUGACUCCAAUUGUAAGAAAUGCGGACCAGAAGUCCAUAUCAUCAAUAUCCUUGGAGGUGCUACCCUGUACAUUUUUUGUCAAACGUCUUGCCAUUCUGUUGACCAUUUAAUGCUAUGCUUUCU